AUGUUUCUUCCAACUCCAUCAUCUUUUCUUAGUUCCUUAAAAGCAAUUUCGUCUACCUCAUCUAAACAAAAAUCCACCUCAUCAGAACAAAAAUCCACCUCAUCAGAACAAAAAUCCACCUCAUCAAAACAAAAAACCACCUCAUCAGAACAAAAAUCUACUUCAUCAAAACAAAAAACUAUUCCCUCUUUUGUUUCCAAAAAUUUCUUCAAAAUCAAGUCGCGCAAAAGAUUUACUAAAUCAAAAAAGCAAGAAUCCACAUCAGAGCAAAAUACCACCUCCUCUUCCGCUUUCAAAAAUUUAUUCAAAAUCAAGUCGCGCAAAAGAUUUAAUAAUUCAAAAAAGCAAGAAAAGAAAGAAUCCACAUCAGAACAAAACACUACCUCCUCUACCGCUUCCAAAAAUUUCCCAUCAACUAAAUUUAUUCCUGUAAAGUCACGCAAAAGAUUUACUAAAUAUGUCGCUUUCGGGGAUUCUUUUUCUGAUAAUGGAAAUAGUUACAAUUUGACGAAUGAAACAUGGCCAACACCUAUAAAUUAUAAAGGCCAUUUCACUAAUGGCAAAGUUUGGACUGAAUAUCUUGCUGAGCUGCUCAAUGUCAAGUUAACAAAUUAUGCUUUUGGCGGUGCUACUUCAAAUAGUGACUUUGUUCAAGGGCUCACCGGUCCUCAGACUGAGUUCAAAGUAUGGGACACAGGGAACGACUAUUUUUUUUCAGAUAUGAAAGUACCACCACUUGACGUAGUUAAAUCUUUAAUGGACGCACUUCGAUUUCUCGUAGAAUCCUUACCAACUAUUAAAACCAUCCUAGUACCAAAUAUGCAUGACCUAUCUCAAAUUCCUGCUUAUAAAACAAGUAAUACAGAAGAAAAGAAGAGAAUCUCUGAAAUGAUCAAAUCAUAUAAUAAAUCCUUGCUUGAACACCUAGUAAAAUUUAGUAGAGAAACUAAUGUGAGAAUUAUUUAUUUAAAAAUUGAUAAAUUCUUUAAAGAAUUACAAACCGAAGAUGGUAUGGCCUGUUACGGAAUUAUAAAUGGGAAGGAUGAAGCUAAUGAUUUAUAUAAAAAUUCUGAUUCAAACACAAAUAAUGAUGAAAUUAAUAAUGAGGAAAAAGAUUUAUUCUUUUUUUGGGACGCGUAUCAUGUAACAACGAAAGUUCACGAAGCUUUAGCAAAUGUUUACUUUGAAAUUAUAGAAAAUUUAAAUUCUCCCAUUUUAACACGUAAAAGAAAUAGCUUUGCUACAAAAACAUUAGGUGUAACCUUGGGCGAUUAUACACAAUAA